AUGGCCGCCGUGUGCGCCGCCCCAAUCCUCGCGGCCGCGCGCCGCGCGUCCCCCGCGACGCGCGCGUCCUCCGCCGCGAAGCCGUCCUCCGCGCAGAGCGCGAAGACGCCGGCCGCGACGACUCCGAAAACGAUGAACCGUCGAUCGGCGCUGCUCGGCGCGCCCGCGCUCCUCGCGGCGCUGUCCACCGCGUCCCCCGCGAAGGCGGUCGCGCCGCCGGAGUACUACGAAGACACCAUGGAGAUCAUUCGGCUGACGACGUCCAUCCUGGACGGCUCGGACCUGAGCGAGGCGAACAUCGCGGACUGGCAGAAGAAGCGCGACGUGUGGUACAACAACUAUCAGCUCCAUCACGAGAAGGGCGUCGGGUACGGGUACGCGAACACGUUCAACGCGCAGGCGAAGCUCGGGUUUCAGAUCCGCGUCGCCGCGGAGAAGGGCGAGCCGUUCGACCCGGAGCACACGGCGUACAACAAGGACUACCUGAUCGAGAUCUUGCAGAAGGGGAAGGCGGAGCUGGACAAGAUGCACGCCGCGGGGCAGCUUUAAGAUUAUUUGAGACAAUUAUUU